UCUAAUCACCCUUAGGAUUUCUUCCUUUCACAUUUACUCAUUCACUUUCUCACUCUACAAAAUUUCUUCUACUUUCUCUCUCUAAAAAUGCCUCAAGUUGAUUUGGAAACACUAGUUUCUGCCUGUGCCGGUGGAAAUAAUGACCGGAAAGUUGCAUGUGAAACUUUAGCUGACGUCAGCGCCGGCGAAGCGCCGGCGAAAGAUGAUGAAGAAAAGCAACCGGAAAUACCGCCGGAUUAUCCGCCGGAAUCAUUUUGGUUGUCGAAAGAUGCUGAGUUUGAUUGGUUUGAUCGUAACGCCUUUUUGGACCGUAAACAGUCGACAAAAGGUAUCGGUCCAAACACAACGAACUUAAAUCAAGGUUCAAACUCAAGUUCACAGAGAUUCUCAUCAACUUUGAAAUCUAAGGCUUCGAUAAUCGGAUUUCCUAAAACUCAGAAAGCUACUUACGUCGAUUCGAAACGGCGAACAUGUAAACCGGCAAACAUACGUCUUUUUCCUGCAAAACGGUCUGACUCAAUCUUAAAAGCUGCUUCAGUUAACGAACCUUCGUCGCCGAAGGUGUCAUGCAUGGGAAGAGUAAGAUCAAAACGAGGUCGAAGAAGAUCAUCGGAAAGAAAAUCAAAAAAAUGUGAAAAGAAAUAUUCACUUGAGAGAUCAAGAAGCAAAAAAACCGGAUAUUUUUCAAGAUUAUUGUCAAUGUUCCGGUCUAAUAAAAAAUCGGUUCGGUCAUGUACGGAUAAAGGGUUGGGUUCAAGAGUAGAAGAACCGGUUGUUAAACCGUUGAGAAAGAGCAAAAGUGUGAGUGUAGAGAAAACACGUAAUGUUGAACCGGCCGGUUUAGGAGGGAUGAAACGGUUUGCUUCCGGUCGAAGAUCAGAAUCAUGGGAUUGCGAUGAAAUUAACGUAUUUGUUUAAAGUGGAUCCCAAUGGAAUAAACGUCUUUAUGGUAGUUGAAUUUUUUGGAAUUUGGUAGGAAAAAUUAGCGGCAGGAAGGUCUGUGUACACUUUACUCUCUUCAAACCGCAUCUGAUGGGAUUGUACUGGUACGUUGUUGUUGGCACGAAACAUUAGCAGUCUUUUUCACUUUUUUUUCUGUUAAAUUUCGAGGUAAAACAAAAAAGCUACUAUUAUGGUGCUUUUUUGGAUUUUUUUUCUUUUGAUAAAUGUUUUAAUUUCUCCUUGCUUUUUGAUUUUUGACCUUUUCAGUACUAGGAUGAUGAGACUAGGUUUAUAUAUAUAUUGUAAAUAGAUUUAGUUUGGAGUGAAGGUUUGUAAAGUUUACUAUAUCUACAUUAUAAUGAUGAUUUGGAGAUA